UGCUUUCAUUUACAGGUUUGCCAUCAAAACGUUUACAUGGGUGGUGAAAGGAUUCUUCCUUCAGAAUGCGUGAAAUAAAAGUCUACACUCUGCUUUUCUGGUUAAGUUUUACAGCAGUGCGCAGUCAGCAAGACGUCAGCCCCCCAAGGAUCUUAAAUGGCGAAGAAAUUCUUGGAAAUGGAGGACCUGUAACACUGACUUGCGAGGGAGACGAACCUCUCGUCUGGACAUACAAGUACCUGAAUUGCCAUUAUGACAUGGGAAAGCAGACCCAGACGUCGAAGACAGAUGGCUCCUAUCAAUCCCAACUGACGCUAAAUGGCCAUAACAGCCAAGGUCAUUACCACUGCCAUUACAACAACACUAGCCUGAGUGACCCUGGGGCAUCAGCCAGCACCUAUGUCUACCUUUUUUCUGAUGAAGAAGACUUUGCCGAAGUAAAAUCAGAUCGGUGUCAAAACUCCACAACCACAAGGAAUGUCGGUGGCCAAGUGGUACUAGACUGUAGACCCACCCAGCCCAAUCUUACAGUUGUCGUUAAACAUGGUGACGAGGAGAUCCACCGGGGUCCUUUGGAGGAUCCGAGGGCGGGCUAUGUGCUACGAAAUCUGACGAAGGGCAACCAGGGAAAAUAUAAGUGCUAUAUUCAUGACCAUGAAGAACCCAGGCAGUUUGUUGUGAGAGAUAACAAUCGAGACAGCACCAGAACAUCGUCGUGUUAAUUCGCACAUGUAUUAUACCAGUAACCUUCUCAUCCACAACGUCACAAUGGAGGACAGCGGAACAUACAAAUGCACAGUCAACAUCAAGGAUCAUUCUCCCUUACAGAUGGCACAGAACAUAAGCAUUAAAGAGAAUCAGACUCCCUUCCUAGAAGUCGGCCCUGUCACACAAAACAUCACUUGCACAGCAGGAGAGGACGCACUUUGGAAGUUGGACGUUGUAAGCUUUCCUCCAUUCCCGAUAUUUCAGACAAGCAGCGAGUUCGACGUCAAGCAGAACGAGAACGGCACAACCGAACUUAAGAAAGAAAGAGUGACACCUUCUGACUUCGGCGAGCACUCGGUGAACCUAACGACAAGGAGCAACCCACUCGGUCUCAAAACCGCGCAAGUUUACUUGUACCUGAAAGUCAAAAGCGAGACGGAACUCAAAAUAACGGGAAUCAACGCUACCACAAGGCCAAACGCCACGAUAACUCUCAGUUGCAGUGCUACUGGGUAUCCUAUGGAGAACAUCACUUGGCAUUAUCAGUCCUGCCCAAACGGCGUACCAUGCCCAAAAUUCUUCAGUGAGCUAGAGGAUUCUCAGAUUACGUAUGAAGUACACAAGGAGAACCACCAUUCAUCCGAAUGCACAUUUGUGGCUACAGAAUCUGCCAGGAUCCUAUGUCGAUCUGGAAAGAAAAACGAAUCUGCUGAUAUUGUCAUUUCAGAGUUCGAACAGCCUUUUUCCUUCAAGUACAGCGGCACCGGUGGAAUGAAGGACCUGCAAGCAACUUCUAAUGACACUUCAGUCGAGACAGACGCUUUCACUUUGACUUGCGCAGCCGCCAAGUUCUACUUUCGUAACGUCUCUCUGGCGUUCUCGCACACAGACGAGGGAGUGUCUUCAGGAGAUAAUGAAGUACCUGUUGCAUACAAAGAAAAUGAUCUCGACCUGAUUGCUACCUUAGACGUUGCAAACGUCAGCAGUAUAUACGAAGGGACGUACAAGUGCACUGGACUCCCAAAACCAGGUGUUGAGAGCAGCGAAAUAACAUUGUACCACAAAGUCGAAGCUCUCAUCCCUGUAGCUCUCAACACAACAGGAAACAUGUGGCCAGAUGACCACGAGGAAAUUUGGAUGGCCGGAAAUGCUUUCGCUUUCAAUUGUUUCGUCUCCGGGACGCCUGUCAUCGACAUCUCCUGGACAAAAGAGAAUCAGCCUCUUCCCAGUAAUUUCGGCGAAUUCAGGGAGAACAACCAGACCAUAACGAUCCCUCGCCUAGAUCCCAAAAUACACUCAGGUCAUUAUGUAUGUGAGGCUAAAAAUAGGGGUGGAUCUGUAAGGGGAUUUCUCACCCUAACUGUGAAAGUAUCCAGCAAAACCUUGGAAAUUGCCAUAGGUAUCAUCACACCCUUCAUCAUCUGCCUCGUGGUGGUAGUUAUCGUGUUGUUACUAAAACUAAGACGAGAUUUCCUAAAGCGAUGUGAGGCAGAAAAGGAACUGGCUUUCCUCUUCAUGAAAGGACGGCCCACUGAACUCAACCCAUACUGCACAGCUGACGAACAAGCCGAGCUUCUUCCUUAUGACCACAAAUGGGAAGUUUCUAAGGACCAAAUACAAUUGGGCCAGCAACUUGGAGCCGGUGCCUUUGGCCGUGUAGUCAAAGCCACAGUAUCGAACCUGGAGCCUGGGAUACCAAAAACAGCUGUUGCACUCAAAAUGUGCAAGAUGCAAGCAGAUACUACCCAGAUCACAGCACUCACUCAAGAACUGAAAAUUAUGAUUCACAUCGGAAAACAUCUUAACAUUGUCAAUCUUAUGGGUGCUUACACUGAUAAUGUUGGCAAAGGAGAGCUAUGGAUUCUUGUUGAGUACUGCCAGCAUGGCAACCUUCUCCAAUUCCUUCACUUUCAUCGGCAUAAUUUUGAGAAUGUUAUCGACCCCAUCACCGACUUGGUCAACUUGGGUGGAAGAGAUGGUGGAGAGAGCAUUUCACCUCUCUCGCCAGUUCUCAAAUCUCCAGGGUCUGUCAAAUCAUGCAGUGACCCUCAGUCCCAAUGUGAGAUUUUAUUGGAGUCUCCAGCAUCAACUAAAGUUCUCUAUUCAUCUUCGAUCUUUCGGAGUGGGAAUUCCUUCACCAACAGAAUGAAGAUGGAGCAGAAUCCUUCUUACCAGAUGGCACCAGCAGCAAAUGAGGCAGCACUGGAGAACGGACCAAGAAAUCACAACAAGAAGCAGCAGUCAUUAAAAGUGAUUGACUCCCUGGGAAACUAUUUCAUAUAUGAUAAGAGCACAAUUCCCGGAGUGACGUCACCUUUCACGACUGUCGACCUUAUUUGUUGGUCUUGGCAAGUGGCCGAGGGCAUGGACUACUUGACCCACAGAAAGGUUUUACAUGGAGAUUUAGCAGCAAGAAACCUGCUUCUGGCCGAGGCCAAUGUUGUGAAGAUCAGUGACUUUGGCUUCUCAAGAGACAUCUAUAAGGAUGACAUAUACCUUAAACAAACCUGUGGCCCCAUGCCAGUGAAGUGGAUGUCAAUCGAGGCCAUUCGCGACACAAUAUUCUCCGUCCAGAGCGACAUCUGGUCUUUUGGCGUGACUCUAUGGGAACUCUUCAGUUUGGGGUCUACACCAUAUCCAGGUGUCAAAAUGGACAACACAUUCGUACAGAGUCUACAGGAUGGAUACCGAAUGGAGAAACCUGAAUACGCAAACACUGACCUGUAUAAAAUCAUGUGUCAGUGCUGGGAGUCUCUCCCUAAAGAUCGGCCUUCCUUUCGACAUUUGGCCGACGAGCUCAGCAAGAUGCUAUUGCCCGAGACAACUCAGUACUACAACACCAAGAAUGGAGAGUACUUGAACAUGAAUAAGGAGCGUUUCAGACACGAGACAGAUUACUUGGAGAUGUUGGCAUCACCUGACAUCAGAGAGGUGAACAUGAAAUACCCUGGAACUUCACCAGGAGAGCUUAUAAGUUUUUUACUGGCUAAAAGGUGCCUAAAUAUUACUAACAGAACAACACAAGCAUUACACAUGCUCUCCUACACAGCACAAGUGCAGCAAGCAGUUAAAAAUUCUGAAACAAGUACCAACAAGUUACUGAACACAAAUAAAAUAAAAAUGUAA